AUGGGAGCAAUAUUGGCGGUGCAGCUAUGCCAGGAACUGGGAUUGCAACGUUUUCAGCUAGAAGGUGAUGCCAAAAAUGUGAUUGAGGCAGUAACUUCCAAAAAUCCUGAUGAUAGUAGCAGGGGACAGUUGAUAGUGGACAUACGCUCUUAUUUACGUCCAAUUCUGGCGUGGGAGAUGAGAUAUGUUCGUCGAGAUGGGAACAAGGUGGCUCAUGCUUUAGCUAGGAUGGCAAUUAAGGACACUAUUUUCGGCUCUGUUAAACCCGAUGCUGAUCAUCAUCAUGAUCAUCAGAUCGCUACGGAGAAUAUAGUUCUCCCGGCGCCGUUGGUGCCGGGUUUAUACGUCUUCGGAGACUCCCAAGUUGAUACUGGCCUCAAUACAAAUCUAGAUACGUUAAUGACCGCAACGUAUAAGCCUUUUGGCAUAGAUUUCACCAUUGGUGCCACCGGCAGGUUCAGUAAUGGCGCCGUCAUUACAGAUUUCAUUGGGCAUGAUCUUCAGCUACCAACUACGCUUACUUAUGGGGCUUACAAGUCCCUAGAUGAAGUAGUCACAUCUGGUUUCAGCUAUGCAUCUGCUUCCGCCGGCAUUCUUCACGAAACUGGGCAUGGACCAGGAGAAAAUUGGAGCAUGGAGAAACAAAUUGUCAUGUUUAACAAGACAGUUCACGAAAACUUGAGAAGACACAUCAACAGCACAGAGCUCCCAAAAUACUUGUCGGAGUGUAUCUUCCUAGUUUUCAUCGGCGCCAGUGACUAUGAAAUCAAUUUUCUUCAAGUUUAUUACAACACUAGUAAAAAAUAUACAAAUGAAGAAUUUGGCACUCUCCUUGCGAUGAAAUUAGCGUAUCAAUCGAAGGAUUUGUAUAAACUGGGAGCCAGGAGGAUUGUAGUGUUUGAAAUAGGCCCUAUCGGCUGUUAUCCGGCAUCACUGAAAGUUUUCGAACCACAGACAAAAUGUGCAGAAGACAUAAACGAAAUGGUAAUGAUUUUCAACAGGAAUCUCCACAUAAAGAUUGAAGCAUUGAGGUCGAAACUUAAAGACGCAACAAUACUUAUUGCGGAGAUGUACGGGCUUAUCAGAGACAUGAUAGAUAUGCCAUCAUCAUAUGGAUUUACAGAUAUUAGGAACACUUUGUUGUGA